CGUCCAGACAUCCAGAGGAGAAAAAACAUUUAUCUUCUGUAGCCAUGGAGAUGAGCGGGAUACUAUGUUGCUUUGCCACUCUGCUCAUUGCUGGCCAUGUCUUUGCGGGACCAGCAGUUGCUCCCACAGACACAGGGGUCUGCUGGGCCAUGGGGGACCCUCACUAUCGCACGUUCGAUGGCAAUUUCUACAACUUCAUGGGCAGUUGCUCAUACGUCCUGGCCAAGAACAUGGAUGUGGAUGCCACCCACCCAGCUUUUGAGGUCACUGCGAAGAACACAAAAAGCGCAGGCUCCCUCCUCACGUCUGUCGGUGAGGUGACCAUUAAUGUCUAUGGCAACGUGAUCAAAAUAUUCCGCAAUGAACUCAGCACGGUUUGGGUCAAUGAUAAAGUAUGGAACCUGCCUGUCACUCUAGCAUUUUCACAAGAAGAGAUCAUGCUCCGACAAAGCGGUCUGUCUGUGAUUUUGUGGACAGACUUUGGGCUGACCGUGGAGUAUGACUGGAAGCAGUACGUGAAGGUAACCGUGCCCAGCAGUUUCAUGGGCAGAGUAGGUGGCCUGUGUGGUAACUUCGACAAUAACAAAAACAACGAUCUUAUCAACCCAGACGGCUCUGUGGCAAAAAGCAUUGAGGCCCUGGGAAAGAGCUGGAGGGUACCAAACCAGAGGGAUGAACAGGAUUGCAAAGAUGAGUGCACCGGCGACUGUGGGGGCUGCAGCUGGUGGAGGCGAGGAAAGGCUGAUGUGUUCUGUGGUGUCAUGACCCCAAUACUAAACUUCCAGUUCAGGGACUGCCAUGCAGUCAUUGAGCCACACAUCUUCUUUGACAUGUGCAAGUUUGAUUACUGUCGAGGUGGUGAGAUGAAGAACUACAUCUGUGACAUGCUGGGAGUUUACACGGAUGCCUGUCAAAGAGCAGGGGUCAAGGUCUAUGACUGGAGAAGGCUUUCCCACUGUCCAUCUCCUGCAUGUCCAGAGCACAGCCACUUUGAGUACUGUGGGAAUGCCUGUCCAGCAACUUGUGAGGAUCCAUCUGCUCCUUCCUCAUGCAAAACCCCUUGUGUCCAAACCUGCACUUGUGACGAAGGCUACUUCCGUAGUGGCAACAGAUGCAUACGCAAGGAGGAGUGUGGCUGCCAGUAUAAUGAGCUCCAUCUCCAACCUGGACAAAGCAUCUGGGCUGAUGAAUGCACACAAAAAAUAACUUGCAACUCAGGAAAAAUUACAUCAGAGAAGAAAACUUGUGGUCUUGGUGAGGAGUGUAAGGUGAAGAAUGGCGUUAAUUCCUGCCAAGCUGUUAAAUCUGCUGUCUGCACUAUCUCGGGUGACCCUCACUACAACACCUUUGACCAUGUAAAGUACGACUUCAUGGGAACCUGCACCUACACAGCCGCUGAGGGCUGCCAUCUGGACGGUACCGACCUCACCCCCUUUACUGUUGUGGUGGAGAAUGAGAAAUGGUACGCCAUGUCAAAUGAUCCCAAAGUGUCUGUGGCUAAGCUGGUAGCUGUGACCGUUUAUGGUAACACCAUAAUCCUGCGCAGGAAUCAGGUUGGACUGGUCUGGGUCAAUGGAGCCAUUAUGAACCUCCCUGUGAACCUCAAUGAAGGACAGGUUGUCAUCCAGCAAAUUGGUACCAAUGAUGUAAUCUCAACUGACUUUGGGUUGAAAGUGACUUAUGACUUGGUGUACCACGUCACUGUCACAGUUCCUGAUACUUAUGCUGACAAGACCUGCGGUCUCUGUGGCAACUUCAAUGGCAAAACAGACGAUGAGUUUCAGCUCCCUGAUGGCAAAAUAACCAAAGAUGUCACAGCUUUUGGGUCCUCAUGGAAAGUUGGUGUGCCUGGUGUAGUUUGUGAGAAUGGCUGCGAAGGUGACAAUUGUCCCAAAUGUCCAGCAAGCGAGAGGCCCAAGAUUGAAUCUGAGUGUUCCAUCAUCACUGACCCCAAGGGACCCUUUGCAGCAUGUCACUAUGUUAUUGAACCUGCAUCCUACUACCGAGAUUGUGUCUAUGAUGUUUGUGUGGCAGAGGGAAUCCAGAUGCUUUGUCACAGCAUUAAUGCCUAUGUCAUUGACUGCCAAGAUAUGGGAGUUAAGGUCUUGAACUGGAGGACACCCAACUUGUGUCCCAUGACCUGCCCAACAAACAGCCAUUACAGCAUCUGUGCUUCACCCUGUAAGACCCCAUGUCCUGGGCUUACCAGCGUUACCUGUGCUGAUGUCUGCGCUGAGGGAUGUGCCUGCAACACCGGCUACUACUUCAAUGGAACGGGUUGUGUACCACAGGACGAGUGCAGUUGCUACAUCAACGGAAAGACCCUCAAGAUUGGAGAGACAGUGGUAGCUGAUGACUGUACCUUCAAAUAUAUUUGUCCUAAAUCUGGACACGGCCAUAUGGAGUCCACGUCUUGUACCUUUGUUGAGGAAUGCGGAAUUCAGAAUGGUAUCCGUGGAUGCUACCCCAAGCAGUGCAUUAUGGGAAAUAAUGGGGUUUUCACCACCUUUAAUGGCAGAGUAGGAGAUGUAAAAGACAGUGGGAUGUAUGAUCUGGUGAAAAUUUGUGACGACACCAUAGCAGAGGGAUGGUUCCGGAUCGUGAUGGACCUGCAGACCUGUCUUCAGACUGGUCAGAUGACUGCUGUGGGCAUCAUUGCCUUCUUUGAUGAUGUAUCAGUUGUUGUUAACAGCAACUUUGAGACCUUGGUUAACGGAAAGAAGGCAACUCUGCCCUUCCAGCAAGACAGCAUUUCCAUUCAAAUAACAAACGACCUGCUGGUGAUCGAGAAGAUGUCUGCAAUUGUUGUGUCUUACAGUCGUUCACAGCAGAUCACAGUGACUGUCAGUGACACUGUGGCCGGCAAUGUGUGCGGUGCAUGUGGAAAACUCAUAGAAGAUGCAACCUUCGCUAAAUCCUCUAUACAAAACUAUCUCAAUGGCUAUAGAUCAGGAAUCUUUAAUUUCUGCAACUGAUGAAAACAUUGAUAUGAGUGAACCCAUCUGAAGACGAUCCUGUGAUCCUGUUUUUUGCACAUGCUGUAAUUCAUUUCCUAUAAACACACAUAUUUCCUGUUAGCAUAAUUAUGAGCAUAUUUGUAAAACAUUUCUCAAUAGAAUAAUGCCUCAUAAACAUACUGCUUCUCUAUUAUCAAUACAUUUCCUCUGUCAUAUAAACUCUAUGACAUUAUUAAAACAUCAUCAGAACUAUUUUUUGACUGAGAGAAAGUAAUCU